CAACCUGUUUGUGCUUCCGGAGCAAGCUGACACUGCUGUUAGCUUGUCAAACUAACGGUUGUGAUCGCGGCGGAGCAGGAUGCGAUAAAAGCUCGUUUUCUGUGUGCCAUGUCUCUGGUUUUCCCGCGACCCAGUACCAACACAGCCUUCAGCAAGAAGGACAAGCGACUGAUGGCGGAUGUGAAUGCGUCCCCACUCAAGCAUUUUGUAACAGCAAAGAAGAAGAUUAACGGGAUCUUUGAGCAGCUGGGGGCUUACAUCAAGGAGAGCGCUUCGUUUCUGGAAGAUACUUACAAAAAUGAGGAGCUGGACCCAGUCACCACAGAAGAACAGGUCCAGGAAGUCCAGGGUUUCCUUGUCAAGGUGGCUGGUAUUGGAGAGGUUCUGGCCCGAAGACACAUGAAGGUGGUCUUCUUUGGGAGAACCAGUAAUGGGAAGAGUUCAGUGAUCAAUGCCAUGCUGUGUGAUAAAGUGCUGCCAUCAGGAAUUGGGCACACCACUAACUGCUUCCUGAGGGUGGAGGGGACAGAUGGCAACGAGGCCUUCAUCCUCACUGAAGGCUCGGAGGAGAGGAAGAACAUAAAGACGGUGAACCAGCUGGCCCAUGCCCUUCAUCAAGAUGAGGACCUGGAUGCAGGAAGUCUGGUCUGUGUCAUGUGGCCUAAAGCCAAGUGUGCCCUCCUCAGGGAUGAUCUGGUCUUGCUGGACAGUCCAGGUAUCGAUGUGACCACAAAGCUGGACAGCUGGAUCGACAAGUUCUGCCUGGACGCGGAUGUGUUUGUUCUGGUGGCGAACUCUGAGUCGACGCUGAUGCAGACGGAGAAGUCCUUCUUCCACAAAGUCAACGAGCGCCUGUCCAGUCCAAACAUUUUCAUCCUGAACAAUCGCUGGGAUGCCUCAGCCUCCGAGCCCGAGUACAUGGAUGAGGUCCGCCGGCAGCAUAUGGACCGCUGCUCCAAUUUCUUGGUGGAUGAGUUGGGAGUGGUGGACCGAGUGCAGGCCAGCGAUCGCAUCUUCUUUGUAUCUGCCAAGGAAGUUCUCCAAGCUCGGGUCCAAAAGGCUCAGGGGAUGCCAGAGGCAGGUGGGGCGCUCGCUGAGGGGUUUCAGGCCAGAAUGUUCGAGUUCCAGAACUUUGAAAGGAGAUUUGAGGAGUGCAUCUCUCAGUCAGCAGUAAAGACUAAGUUUGAGCAGCACACAGUCAGGGCCAAGCAGAUCUCUGAAGCGCUGCGUCGUGUGAUGGAGUCCGUACAUAUGGCUGCACAGGAGCAGCGGGUUUACUGCCUCGAGACCAAAGACGAUCGUCAGGACCGUUUGGAAUUCAUAGACAAGCAGUUGGACCUGUUGACUGUAGACUGCAAGGCUAAAAUCAAGAAGAUCGCCGAGGAGGUAGAGAGACAGGUUUCCAAUGCCAUGGCAGAGGAGAUCAGGAAGCUCCAUGUGUUGGUGGAUGACUUCCACAUGGACUUCCACCCAUCACCAGUGGUUCUCAAAGUCUACAAGAAUGAGCUGCACCGCCACAUCGAGGAGGGUUUUGGGAAGAACAUGUCAGGGAGAUGUUCCGCCAGCAUCAGCAGCGCCCUACAGGCGACGCAGACCGACAUGAUUGAUGGUCUGAAGCCGCUGCUGCCGAGCACCGUCAGGGAGCAAGUGGACAAGCUGGUGCCAAGGCACUGCUUCAGCCUGAACUACGACCUGGCCUGUGACAAGCUCUGCAGUGACUUCCAGGAGGACAUCGGCUUCCAUUUCUCUCUGGGAUGGACCAUGCUGGUCAACCGCUUCCUGGGUCCCAAGAACACUCGGCGGGCCCUCAUGGGAUACAAUGACCAGGUCCCGCGACCCAUGGCCCUGACUCCAGUCAGCACCACCAUGCCUCCAUUCCCCCAAAGCUCCAUGACCCAGGAGGAGCUUAUGGUCUCCAUGGUGACUGGCCUGGCUUCCCUCACCUCCCGUACCUCCAUGGGUAUCAUUGUCGUUGGGGGUGUGAUUUGGAAGGCGGUGGGCUGGCGUCUCAUCGCCCUCUCUCUCGGUCUCUAUGGGCUCCUGUACGUUUAUGAGCGGCUGACCUGGACCACCAAGGCCAAGGAGAGAGCCUUCAAGAGGCAGUUUGUGGACUACGCCACUGAGAAGCUGCAGCUUAUUGUCAGUUACACUGGAUCCAACUGCAGUCACCAGGUCCACCAGGAGUUGGCCGGAGUCUUUGCUCAACUUUGUCAGCAGGUGGACGUCACUCGGCAGAACCUGGAGGAUGAGAUCGCUGACAUGAACAACAAGAUCGACCUGCUGGACGCUCUCCAGAGCAAAGCCAAGCUGCUUAGGAACAAGGCAGGUUGGCUGGACAGUGAGCUCAACAUGUUCAUCACACAGUACCUCCAUCCAAUCAAGUGAGAACAUCUCGGCACCAACACACCGCCUCCUGGACACAAACCACAAAAAGGACUGCAACUUUAUUUUCUGCUUCUCACCUCUGUGUCUAACCUCGCUGACUGUAAUGCGCUUUUUUGUCACAGGGAGUUGACGUAGGACUUAGUGAAGCUGGAAUGUUCGCGACCUGCAAAAAUGUUUUGUUGUUCGAACACAAAAGGAAAAAU